AACGGCCAUUAAAAAGAUCCGACUCAAAAGCGAUUCGUUCACGAAUCGGACAUCGCUAAUCAAGGGAGAUCCGUCGCCAACAACAACACCAUUUCAGUGCGGUAAACCAACCAUGGGGACCCGUGACGACGAAUACGAUUAUUUGUUUAAAGUGGUACUCAUUGGAGACUCUGGUGUGGGGAAGAGUAACCUGUUGUCCCGUUUCACUCGGAAUGAGUUCAACUUGGAGAGCAAGAGCACCAUUGGUGUGGAAUUCGCAACCCGCAGUAUCCAGGUGGACGGCAAGACCAUAAAGGCUCAGAUCUGGGAUACAGCAGGACAGGAGCGCUACAGAGCCAUCACAUCAGCGUACUACCGGGGUGCAGUUGGAGCUCUUCUGGUCUAUGACAUCGCAAAGCAUCUGACUUAUGAAAAUGUAGAGCGCUGGCUGAAGGAGCUGCGGGAUCACGCGGAUAACAACAUUGUCAUCAUGUUGGUGGGCAACAAGAGCGAUUUGAGGCACCUGAGGGCCGUGCCCACCGAUGAGGCCAGAGCUUUUGCAGAGAAGAACAAUCUCUCCUUCAUCGAAACAUCGGCUUUGGACUCCACAAAUGUGGAGGAGGCAUUUAAAAACAUACUAACAGAAAUCUAUCGGAUCGUGUCACAGAAGCAGAUCGCCGACAGGUCCAUGCAUGACGAGUCUCCCGGGAACAACGUAGUGGACAUCAGUGUGCCGCCCACUACCGAUGGGUUAAAGGGCAACAAAUUUCAGUGCUGUCAGAACCUGUGACCCCACUUCCCACCGGCUCCACCCCGAACCCUUGAGCUUCAGUUCCCCUCUAUUUAUCUCGGCUUUGCUCCUGUGUGUUGUGCUAUGGCUACGGCUCUUUCCUCUUUUUACCUAGUUGUGAUUUCCACGCAAAUUCUAGAUGUCCCUUAGAAGCGUGAAUCUCUUGGUAACAUUCCUUGUCCUUUUUUGGGGGGUUCUUGUUUUUUUGUCCCUGUUUUGUUUUUCUUUAUUAUUAUUAUCCACUCUCUGAAGUCAUGUUUGCUCGGCAAAAAGUUUUUCCUCGGAAGUGAUUAUUCGGGCGCUGAUCGUGUGAUCCGCUCCUACGGAAAAGGGAUGGUGAGGGAUCAGUGUGUCUUCGGCUUCCAGCCACUCUGAUGGGUAUCUCUGGGAUCCACACUAAACAUAAACCGUCUGACGUCUGACUUGAGCUUAAAUGGGCAAGUUCUUUGAAAAA